UCUCGUGCUGGCAUGAUGGUAUUGGAUGAACUGUCCUCUCAGCUUGAAGAGGUAGCCAUUCAUCUGCAGUACGUUGAUGAGGAGGUUGGGCACCGGUCCUGUCUGGCUUUAAUCCCUUGGUCUGGACCCUUGUGUGUUCCUAUCUUUCCUGUCUUCUCCAAGGCCAAACCAGUCUACUACCUCACUCGUGCUGGGAGAAUGCUGGUAACAGAGCUUGCAGUGUUAAACACACAGACUUCCAAAUUGGUUAUUGAGGAGCCUACCAUUCACCUCACUGAAGCUGGGAGGCUAGUGCUUGACGAACUGUCAGCACCUUCAGAUAGCCAUUCACAGCCAAAUAGGGAAGACUCUGGUUUUCCCUAUGAGAAGUUGCAGCUGGUUGGGAACUGGGGUUCGUUUCAUUUCCAUUACUGGAAUAUCCAUUAUGGACGAGUGCAGCAAAAUGAAGAGGACAUGCAUCACCUGUGCAUUGUGAGGGGAGUGGAGAAGCAGCUGUGGUGGAGCAGAGUCAUCCAGGAAAAAAUCCUGGACCCAUGGGGUCUCGUCCAGGUGGUCCUCACCAACAAGAAGCUGAUUGGUAUUAAGUUCCUUGGUAGAAGGAUCCAUGGACUCAUGUCCGGCCUUGUCAAGAGGAGGUCUGAGUUCACCUAUUAUGAGGAUGCCCAGCAGGUGGAUAUCUCCACCACAGUGGAGGGGUACCAGGAGAGGGGGAUGAGAUGA